UAAGGGACAGUCUUUAUGGUAUAUGAAGGAACAUCUUCUGAGUCGCUUUUCUUUUUUUUAUGUUUUGUUUUAUAGGCAGCUGCAGGCAUUCUGUGCUAUGUGGGAGCUUACGUGUUUAUCACAUACGAUGACUACGAUCACUUCUUUGAAGAUGUUUAUACGCUCAUCCCCGCAGUGGUCAUCAUAGCAGUGGGGACACUUCUCUUUAUCAUUGGUCUGAUUGGCUGCUGUGCCACAAUCCGGGAAAGCCGCUGUGGUCUCGCCACGUUUGUGAUCAUCCUUCUAUUGGUUUUCAUCACGGAAGUGGUAGUCGUUGUUCUGGGUUAUAUCUACAGAGCAAAGGUGGAGGCCGAAGUUGAUCACAGCAUUAAGAAAGUGUAUGACACGUACAAUGGGACAAACCCGGAUGCUGCAAGUCGUGCAAUUGAUUAUGUGCAGAGGCAGCUGCACUGCUGUGGGAUCCACAACUACACAGACUGGGAAUCAACAACCUGGUUCAAAGAAACGAAAAACCACAGUGUGCCCCUCAGCUGUUGCAAAGCCACCAUCAGCAAUUGCACAGGAAGCUUAACUCGUCCCACAGACCUUUAUUCUGAGGGAUGUAAAGUGUUGGUGGUCAAGAAGCUCCAGGAGAUCAUGAUGUACGUUAUCUGGGCAGCCUUGGCAUUUGCUGCUAUCCAGCUGCUGGGCAUGCUCUGCGCCUGCAUCGUCCUCUGCAGGAGGAGUCGGGAUCCUGCCUACGAGCUGCUCAUCACCGGGGGAACCUACGCCUAGAAGCAGCAGCAAGUGAAGCUCGAAGUCCGUUUUCUUUGCUCAGAAGCCAGCUUGGCAGGGCCACCUGCAGCAGUGCUUCCACUGACUUUGACUUGGCAACAACGACCCCUUUCAAAAACUUGGACAAUUAGCACGUACACCGGUGAUGGGCAAAGCUUGACUUUCAGUCCCCUCCUUGUUACCGACUCCCACUUCUUUAGCCAGCUUUCCACUUAUCUGUACAUGGUAGCAACCAAGUAACACUAUUUUUGGAACAGUUUAUUUUUAACAAAAAACGGCAUGAGAGCUAGGGGUGACCUAACCUUGGUAAGUUAUGGCUAGAUGGUGUAGUGAUUUAUGUGGGAAUCCUUCAGAGUUUGCUGGGUGGCAUCGUCAGAGUUGUGUGAGGGAAGUCAAUU